AUGCUGCUUCGGUCCCGAGGGACUGCCGUCGGCCUGUCCGUCUGUCCAACCUGCAAACCCGACGAGCGAGUUUGCAUGGCGUCGAAAAGUGUAGACAUUUCAGCUGCACAUCGUUCGAGCCGGUGGUCGUUUGUGUUUUUUGUGUUGCCAUGUUGGUAUACAACUGCAAAGGUCAAACGGAAGCUGUUUCACGUGGUCAAUGCAGGCAAAGCUGUCUCUCUCAACUUCAUUUUGCCAACAAUUGGACACUUUUCUGGCAAAGGGAAGUGGGCAAAGAGCAAAGUGGCCAGCCCAGGUUGCCGGGGGACAGAGUGGUCGAGGCGUCUGUGGGCCAAGAAUGUUUUGAAUGAACAUUCUUGA